CGCGUCCUUUGCGACGACUACAUCCCUUCUCGCGACUACCAUUUGCCAUUCGCAUGGACAUGAACUGACCGAUAUACACUCUUUAUACCAUUGCUUUCCACUCGUCGGGCAUACCACACUCAUUCGCGCGCGUUCGCGACCACACUCGUUUCAGAUCAUGCCCGAUGCAUUCCGCAAUGCUUCAUGAUACCCACUUCCGCUCUCUCCUCCACGUGCUCCUCUCCGCCCUCCUCCUCAUACCCACCGCACACGCCGGCCUCGGAAUCACCUUCGUCACACCAGCAGCAGGCUCGACAUGGCCAGCCGGGCCCUUCACCGUCUCAUGGCAGGACUCCCACAGUACCCCAUCGAUGAGCGACUUGGUAUCCUACACUCUCACACUCCUGAUCGGCGGCAAUUCGGAUACAACCUCGCAGACCAUACGAACGAUUGGCGAACCCAACAGCCCUGUGUCCGAAGGCAAGGUCGUGGCUGACAUACCAGCAAAUGUAUCCGCCUCCUCGCAGAAUGGAUUCUAUUUAAAGAUGGUCGCGAAUACCACGUCGGGGUCGGAGAUAGUCAAUUAUUCGAAUCGCUUCACAUUGAUCGGACUGAAUGGCACAACGGACGAGACAUACCUGGCAGCCGCACAAGCCGCGAAUGGAGCGAACGAUGUGCCGGCUGCGUACUCGAUCGUCUCACCUACCAUUACGAGCUCGUCCUCCUCUGCGACUUCGACACCAACGUCCACAGCCCGCCCAGCUC